CCCCCCCCGGGGACACCUUAUCUACCAGGUCAAAGCCCUACGACGCCGUUUUCAGGAUGUUUUUGCAAAGCGAUUCCUCUCCGUCAGUGUAAGCAAUCGGUCAUCUCUCUCCUUGCUCUCAGAUCGGAAAAACAAACCAGGCUGAAGACAUAACUUCGCUGAAUAUCUGUGUAGAACACUAAUAUGGCUAGUACAGCUUGUUUCAUGAUUGUUAGUAGGAACGACAUACCUAUAUAUGAAGCUGAAGUUGGCAGUGCACUCAAAAAAGAAGAAGCAGCACACCAGCACCAGUUCAUCUUGCAUGCAGCAUUGGAUAUUGUCCAGGACCUUGCAUGGACAACAAGUGCUAUGUUCUUGAAAGCAAUCGACAGGUUCAACGAUUUGGUGGUUUCAGUAUAUGUAACUGCUGGUCAUACACGACUUAUGCUACUUCAUGAUUCCCGCAAUGAUGAUGGAAUAAAAAGCUUCUUUCAAGAGGUCCAUGAGCUGUAUAUAAAGAUUCUUCUUAAUCCACUCUAUGUACCUGGUUCUCGGAUUACAUCGUCUCAUUUCGAUACAAAAGUACGAGCCCUCGCUAGAAAAUAUCUCUGAGGUCGUCUUGUUGUCGUCCGGAGGCAGGAGCUUGGUAGAUGCAUAUAUGCUAAUAUGGAAAAAGGCUUGCACUUCUUCAAAAUUCACAGUUGAAUCCGUAUAUGACUUGAUCAUGCAUUUUGCCUCUGAUGAUUUCCAUUUUGCCAUCCUGUUAAAGUUAGCAGUUUCAAAUCUCCAUUUCAUACGAUCAAUGAGUCUUGUGUACCUUGCCAAAUUUGGGUCUCACAAUGUUUAUGAUAUGGCCUAAAUGUUCUGUUUCUUUUUAAUUUUGCAAACGGGGUUGUUUGGAUAAACCCCUUUUGUUUUCUAGAGAAUCGAAGAAACAAGAAUUUUGGACGUAUGCUG